GAAAUUAGGGGGACCAAUGUGGCAAUUUAGUUUUCUGGUGGAGUAACCUCAAGCUGGAUCCUUGCAACAAAUUCGGGUCCGACGGAACGCAAAACGCUAUCGCUCGACAAUGGCGGCAAUCGCCGAAUCAUCGGAACCAAAUGCAAACUCGCCGUCGUUACCACCGGAAAGAGUUAUUAAGCAUGAAGACAAGUCAAGUACCUUGGGAGGAGAAAUUGUCCCAUGGAUCGACAACGCAGUGCAACAAGCGCACCUUGCUCAGAAGACUGUAGAAGACACUUUUGAGAAUGCAAUUGCGGUCACCAAAUCUCGUAUCGAUCGUAUUUUAACCACCUCAUCUGUCCACUUUAAUCAAACACUUGAUACCUUACAAGAUCUGAAGUCUGAAUAUAGUAUAUAUGAGGACUUGGUUUUUGGGAAGAUCAGAGAGGGUCUUCUCCUUGCUGCCUCACACCCUAUAACAACUACUGGAGCUGUUCUUGGUGUUGGAGUCCUGGGUCUGAAAAGGCCAAGACGUUUCUUGUACUACAGUACGAUGCGGCUAUUUGUGAGUGAAAAGGCCUUGCUUUCUAGGGCAGAGACAAAAGUCAAAGAAUUACAGAACUCAAUUGACCGUCUGAAGGCUGAAAGUGCGAAAUUGGAGAAUAAAUCGGUGCAAGCUGAAGGAGAGAUGAUACGAGGAGGGAUGAAACUAAGGCAAGCAGGCAAACAAAUCCGUAGUGUCAUUAAGUCAGCAUAUAAGAUAGAAAGGCAAGCUGCAGGUCUGAAAGAUGUUCUUAAAGAGCUUCCCCGAAGAGAAGUUUCAGGCUUCCGGUCACAAGUUUCCAACCUUGCUUCAGAGGCUAAAAAAGAAAGGAAUGUUCUCACCAAGGAAGUUACAAAGAUAAGCAAUUAUGGCAUAUCCAUCUGACUGAACUGCACUCUUGUUUUAUAUGAUCCAACACAUGCUGGACGUUAGGCGCUAGAUACUGUUUCUCUCUGUCUCUCCCUUUCAUUUUCACUUAAGAAGCACUGGGGAGCUCUAUUUUUGGUCAUUCUAUAGUGUGAUUAUCAACUCUGAACUUUGCUACAUAACCCAGAGGAGAAGUUAAAGUUCAGCGUUCAGGGAUUUUGCUUGUUUUCUCUUUCCUGAAUAAGUGAUGGUUUGAGGGUAGAAAUAUUUGGGCAUAGGCCUUUACUGACUUGAGAUCUCUGUUGCUGGAAUCCAACCCCUUGCUUUGUACGACUUCAGACCCUAAUUUACAAGCAAAAAAGAAAAAUCUUCUGUUA